CCAAGAAAACAAAAAAACCCUAUUAGUGUCAAAAAACACAAUGGCAAAAUUAGCUAAAAUAAGCAAUGGGAAGAAAAAGAUGAACAAGAUAGUGAAUUUGAAAAUUGUGGUGGAGAAAUUACAAAGGAGGCUUUCAAUGGUUAGGAGAUUGGGAGCCGAAUUCGAUAGUCAGCAUCAGCAUAACCAAUCAGAUCAAAAUGACUCCUCGAAUAACGUGCCUGAGGACGUUAAAGAAGGCCAUUUUGCUGUUAUUGCUGUUGAUGAGGAUGAAUUGAAGAGAUUUAUUGUGCCAUUGAAAUGUUUAACACAUCCUUCAUUCUUAAAACUAUUGGAACAAGCUGCUGAGGAGUAUGGCUUUGAUCAUGAUGGUGCACUUACAGUACCAUGCAGGCCAAGUGAAUUUGAGAGAAUUUUGAGACAUGAACAAUCAAGUAUGUUGAAAAGUUGUUAAACAUAAUGGAGCAAAAAAAAAAAAAAAAAAA